UUGAAAGUCUCCAGGUUGGUCCUGCUGAAGUGUCGCCUUGCUUUGCAACAUGGUCGUCCACCUAUGGUCGAAGCGGUCGAAGCAGCUGAAGCAACACCCCGAACAAACCAAUGCCAACAACCGCACACAAAGAUCCACAAAGCAAGCCGCCGGUGGACGCUUGCAUAGGCUAAGGCGGCUAAAAUUUCUACAGGUGGCGCUUGACUUGAGAUGUUGUGUACAGGGCUUGACCUGGGGAUUGACUCACAUUCAAUUUUUAAAUGCCUUCCCUAGUUGCUGCAAACUGUAUCAUACUGUAUCAUACUGUAUCUACUAUCCAGUCAACCAAGGUCCAGUCUUCGCUUUCCUUCGGUGGUGAAGCAUCAUGUUCGUCUCAUCGAAGUCGACAGGCGGCGCGACAAGCUGGUCCGUCGAAGCGCUGAAGCUCCGUGGUGCGAAAUCUGUGAACGCCGCAGCUGCUGCUCCUGCUCCUGCUGGUCUGCUGGUGAUGCUGGUCCGCAGAGUUUGGCCACCCCUACGCCGAGCAGAGCAGUCACUGAUGCGAGCACUUGUGAACACCGCACUCUGUUAGAACGGUCUUCACCGACCGGCAAGAGCGAUCGGACGCGCGACGCGCGAACCCGAACCGAGUUCGGGGGCUCUCCUGGCAUCGCGACUCGGUUCGCGCUCGGGUCCCGCGAAGCCGAAGCGGCGUUUCACCGACCGGGCUGGUGCUUCAGACCGACCUUCGCAGUCGAUGCAAUCGGGUCCGUCCCAGCGUCCCAGUGUGCCGCGGCGUGGUGGGUGGUUUGGGGUGGAAUCCAACUCGUGCGACUCACAGCGAAAACGAAGGGCGCCCAGGGGUGGCGAAACGAGUGCUGUGGGAUGGAGGCUCCGAACUGCCGUUUUGGCGCCCAGUGGACGAUAGACGGUAGCUAAGAAAGGGCCACCCCAACACAUUGUCUCAGAUCUGGUGACCUGGUGUGUUCCUUUAUACCGUGCCUUCGUUUCUCGAACUGAACUUCAAAGCGUUGGUUCCGACAUGCUUACACUUGGACCAUGGUCGACUCUUUCUACCUUGAGAGAGGGGCCGCAGCAAAGCGGCCUUGCUGCUAUGGUCCCCAUAUGCCAUUGCACGUUGAGGAGAUGGCGGCCAGUGCCAGUGCCACUGCUCAGGAAAGCGCCACCAACGCCGCUGCCGCAGUGCAGGACGUGGCCAGCGACACCGCCGCCGCGGCGCAGGUGGCCGCAGAGGUUGCUCAGAAGGCUGAGGAGGUGACCGCAGACAGCGAGGACAAGGACAUGGAUCUGGGCGUCACCUUCACCGGCGACCACUCGCCGACCAAGGCGGGCGCCGCGGCGGCGUCCGACGCCGCCGCGGCGGUGCAGCCCGGCGCGGCCGCCAGCAGCUGGAUGGAUCAGAUGAGGGAUGGCUUCCACCAGGGCUUCAACAGCGUGAGCGAGAAGACCAUGCAAGGCUACGAGGCGGCCAAAACGAUGAUCAACGGCCCUGAGACACAGAGCUGGACCCAGUCGCUGAAGGAUGGCUUCAAUCAGGGUGUGAGCACUGUGUCCGAGAAGACCUCCCAAACCUAUACGGCGGCGAAGGAGUACAUGGCUGGAAGUGGCAGCGGUGCGGCGUCCGGUGCGGCGUCCUCCACCACCGACACCCAGGAAGUCGUCGCCAGCUGGGCCGAGCGUUUCCAGAGCAACUUCACCAUGUGCCUCUCAACGGUGCAAGAGAAGACCGCACAAGGCUACGAGGCGACCAUGGAGCUGGUCGUGGGCAAGAAUGAUCAACCCUUGGCAGAGUCUCAAGUGGAGGACGCCCUGGCCUCGGCGCAAGCCGCCGGCGAGGCUGUGGCCACCGAGACCUCCCAGGCGGCGAAGACCGCCGGAAGUGAGACGGAGAAGGCGCUCGAGACCAGCAAGGGAAUGAUGCAGGAAGGCGCCGACCGUGCCGCAGCCGCCCUGAAGCCGAAGAGCGUCAAGGUGGGUGGCGCCUGAAGCACCGCAGGCUGAGUCUCCAGUGUAUUGGAACUUAUACAGAAGUCGCCAUCGAUGGCUAUGGCGCUUUGCAGUUCGACGAGCUCGAGCAAAUUCACAGCCGCCACUCAUGUGGCAUUUUGGCAACAGUUUCCUUGACCAGAGAGUACUCCGGGCGGUUUCAUGUCCGUUUACAGAUCUCCAUCCUCUGUGUUUUGUCGUGUUUCUUCCCGG